AUGCCGCUGUUAUUACCCUCUUCUAGUGCAUGCUAUCCGUUGCACCUGCCAAAGUUAGACUCCGUGCAAAGCCAUGAGUUAUGUGAGCUUGAUCGAAAGAAGAUGACCUUAGGAUGUCGUACAGGAGCAGCUAUCACUUUAGCUAGAUCGUCAAUAUAUGUUCAUGGCGGGCUUACUGUCCCUUUAAAUUUAGCGGAGGUGAAUUCAAUGCAGGUUCAGCAAGAGCUGAUUCUUUACUUUGCUAGGAAAAAGACCACAAAUUUCAAAAAUCUAUGUGAAUAUAUAUCAAGAGAGACAUUUUAUCUGGACCUGGUGUCUAGGAAAUGGAUGAGAGUUCCUACUUCUUCAGGGGUUGUAGUUUCAAGGGAUUCUAACGGACAUGAGGAGGAUAAAGCGGAGGAGGACGCUGAUGGAAAGACGACAGCAAUUAUACCGACGACGACGACGACGACAGCGACACAUGCUGAGGAACAUCAAAAUGAGUCUCAUAUCGAGGAAGCGGCCGAGCGGCCUGAUAUGAGGGAACGGAUAUUUCACUCUAUGUGCUAUUGCAACGGAGCAUUAUAUGUAUUCGGGGGAUUGGUGGCUUCAUCACUUUCGGAUUAUGAAUUGGUGGCCACUAAUGAGCUUUGGAAGUUAGAUCUGCUUGAUAAAACGUGGCACUUGGAGUCCAACGAUCCUCGUGUAGCACGUCGUUUCAAUCAUGAGAUGCAUGUACUAUAUGAGUUUGAUGAUGACAAUGACACACGGCUGGUAAUCGUAGGGGGCAUGAAUAAUUUAGACAGCUUGGUUCAGAAAGUUGAUGUCUACAACUUGACUCAAAACCGUUGGGAGUCCUUCCCUGACCUGGAUAACGAAUUUGAACGCCUUACUUUACAAGGCCAAGAACAACGAGAGGAGAAUUUAGAUGUGCAAAAUAUAUAUACUAAUAUUGGAGGUGAAAGAGUCGGAAUAGCUCAGGGAUCUAAUUUUGCUCUUUUGGUGGAGGAUAAUGAAGCUCAUGUGCCUUCGCUGGCUUUUUAUUCCGUUAGUGAGACCUCUGGUAAGUCUAAUAUUAUAAAUCAAGAUAAUCCAUUAGUGGCAAUGCCGUUGAUGUCAGACGCACCUGGUAUGCGUAUGAAAACACACUUUGGCACCAAGUCUUCUCAAUGGAGAUUAAAAAUGCCUUUUAACUUGCAAUAUGCAACAGGUAUUAAGUUUGGGUAUAAUAUUAUAGUGGCAGGUUUUUAUUCAAGUUUACAAGCGGGCAAUUUCAUGUGCUUCCUCUACAAUAUCCCUUCCGGGAAAUGGACUCGUAUCAAUAUCAACUGUGAACAUUCGGAUUUAAAGAAACAUAGAUUUUGGAAGCUUUUAGUUUGGGAUUCUCAUCAUAAAGCUCUAAUACUAGGCACAUCAGAAGAUGAUAAGUGUCUCCCUAGUGUACAAAAAUUUGAUAGGAUAUUAUCGGUAAGACUUCACACUAUUAAUAUCUUCCCAUCUGUCAGAGGCUUGUCCAGUGACUCAGAAGUCCCAUUGACUUCAAAGAAACUAGGGAUUAGCGCAAGUUCCACAUUUUCUCAGAAAGAUACAACAAAGUUGAAAAUGGACCAAUUUAUAAAUUAUUCAAAAUAUAUUGUUCCACCGUCUGAGAUAACUUCAAUUAGGUCAGUAUUUCCUUCCUAUGCUAUGGUUUUAGGUAAAGACGCAUUAGAAGUAUACGGGAAGUCGCUAGCUGAUUUCGAAUUUAUUACUGAAGAAGGAGAUUCUGUCGGAGUUCCAACUUUACUAUUAAGGAAAAGAUGGGGCAGAUUUUUUGAUAAUAUAAUUGCCACAGAUUAUAGCAAAGUUUCUGCUUCCUUUGAUCAACAAUCGAGUACCAAAGAGUUAGUUAAGAGUUCUUCUGGUUCAUCUCCAAAUCUCUUUCCAGGGACAGCCGGUAAAGACCUCGGAGGGCCUGUGGAUAAUCUAUCACGGCCAAUCCAUGUUCUCAAAUAUAGUUAUACCACACCCAACCCAGUGUUGGCGAAAAAAUCAACUUCAUUAUUAUUUGGUCCUACACCUAAAAUUUCUCAUUCAAUUAGUGGCUCAACUUUAAAUGCACUAGAACUAGAUUCUCAUGAACCAGUUAUAGGCCCGAGUGUUUCUCCUGCUGCAAUGGAUAUGCAUAAGAAGCCGUCUUCCCAUGGAGUCACUAGUUCAUCCACUGGAAUGGUAUUUAGAGUUCCUUUUAAAGAGAACCCUAACAGUGGAAAAAGGCAAUCCUUCGUACAAGUGCCACCUGCAAUUACUUUGGAGCAGUCUGAAUAUUCUUCGCCAUCCAACCAGUCUCCUCCGGUUACCGACCAAAGGAGGAGAUCAUCAUAUACUGUGGGUGGUCAUCUAACUCAGUCUCAAGCAAGUAAACUUCGCCGAGCGUCACACCCUUUUGGAAGUGCACGAGAUUUUAGUGAACAUUUUACUUCGAGCCCUAUGAAUUCUAGAAAAGACUCUCUUGCUUCAAAUUCUAGCUCUAUAUCCUUCGUCAGCUCUAGUUCAGAACGUAUGAAUAACCUUAUUUUCCGCAGAAACAGUGAAGAUGGCCAAUCAUCUGGAAAUUGGACCUUUCAUGUACAGUUGCCUCCACAGCAGAGUGUACCUACCGAUCCGUUGCCAAAUUUGCCUUCUUCUUUAUCACCAAUCCAUGUUUCUGGAGGCAACGGAAACAGAAGAUCCUCAGAGCUGUCAGUUACUGAUCAUUUUCAGUCAGUAAAAUCGAGUCCAAGUUCAUCACGAAACUCUUCGUCUUUUAAUGAACUUGAAAAUCCAUUAGUGCAAUUGGCUACUUCAGAUCAGAACAAAUUUGGAGAUUUUAAUCCUCCACCUCCGUUGCGUUAUAAUCUUAAUAUGGGACCCGCUAUUGAGAAGCAAGUAAACGAAGAUACACCAAUUGACCUGGAUAUGAAAUCUAUCCCAUUUGCAUCUUACCAGUCCCGUGAAAGUAGUUUGGGUAGGGUCAUCAGUGACCUACCAAGGCCUUCCCUUACCCCAACAUUUGAAAGUACUAAUAGCCAAGGCUCUGUGUCUGCAGUUGUUGGGGAAAAUGAGUUAGAGCCUCUACUUGUCCCAAGAUCAUUAUAUUUGCCAUGGCCUACCAGCACUGUGAAGGCUUUUUCUGAGUUUUUCUAUACUGGCCAAAUCAGUGGAAAAUGGUCAUUUUCUCCUGUUGCACUUGAUUUAAUAAAUAUGGCGAAAUUAUAUGAGGUUCCUCUGUUGUACGAUUUGAUGUCAGAAGUAUUCUAUUCUAUCAUUGGUAAAAAGGAAGACGGUAUGUUGUUGAGUAUAACUUCACUCAAGGAGUUAUUUAUAAAGAAGGUCGCGGUAUUGUUCGAUAAUGAUGAGAAGAAAAUCGAUGAACACCUUAAGGCUCACGUUCAUUACCAAAAGCUAUUAAGAAUAACAGCUUCUAUCGGUUCGAUUGAUGAUGGUUACUUUGAUUUGAAACUGGUUAAAAAAAUUUCCAGGGUAAUCUCUGCAAGUACAGAUGGAAGCAAUGAUGUUGAAAAUGAACGAGGUUUUUCAGGAGACUCUGGAUCGAUAUAUUCAGGGGUUGGAAUACCGUCGUUUAGUGAGGAUUCUCGAGACAAGUUGUCGGCCUUAUUUGCCGGCUUACCUCCUAGUAGAAAAUCAUCAUCGUUCCAUUUGAGAGCUAACACAUUUUCUAGAGCGAAGUCAAGUUUGAGUAAGGAAGUUUCCCAUAAUAUUGAUGAUCGUAAGCGACUUUCCCAAAUAGGGAACAUUCGAGAGGAGAACAAUCCGACUGUUACAAUUCCGUUAAGAACAGCUUCAAACCUUGAAAACGACUUAGAUAUACCAAGCACUGAUGAUGACGGUGAUAUAGAUUCUGAAGAGGACUAUGAAAAUCUUAAAAUUGAUGAUGAGAUGUCAUUGCAUGAUGAAGGCAAAAUAAUUGAUGCCAGAACUUUUUUGCCCGACUCUAAAAACUCAACCAACCAGGAUGAAGCAGAUGAAGAUAUGUUUAAAUUAGCUAAUCCAUACACAACAGAUACUUCAUCGGUGACCACCUCCGACUCCGGUGAGCAGGAUGGUGGACCAGGUCUAAUUUCCUUAUCAAAAAUUGAAAAGAAAUUACGUGAACGUGAUUUAGAAGAGUCUAUAGAUCCACUUACUAAAGUUGCAUCUAAUCCUGAACCAUUUAUCCCUUAUAAACCCACGAAUCCCAUUAGUAAAUGUAAUUCGAAGACAGAACAGCAACCCUCUUCUAGCUCCCCGACUUUGGAUAGUUUAGCCUCACCAAAUGCCUUACCUCCGGUGGACUAUAUCAUGGAAUUGAUUUUUGAAGUUUCUGUACUUACAAAUGAUGUAUUAAUGAUGGUAAGAUCCAUGGAUUGUAUACAGCUGUCUAAAGCAUUGAAGUCUACAAAGAGGAAGUUAUAUGCAGAUAUUGCUUCAUUGGAUGAAAUGGUUCGAAAUAAGGGUAAGGUUGAUGAUACGUUGAAAUCAGGUACCGAAAUACAAAAUUCGAACGAUAAUACUGAAAAGUUUCCAAAGGGACCACCUACUAUGACUGGAAAGUUAUCAAGACCUUCAACACCAGAUCAAAAACAAAACGCAGCCAGCACUAAUGAUUCUUCUCGGUCUCAUUCUCCAAAAUCACAUGAGGCUUUACAUACCGGGCGCGAUUCAGUGAAACAUGAUGAUGAACAUCGUUCUAUUAGAUCUGCUAAAAGUUCUACCAGAAGUUCUGCCUCAUCUAUCAAUUAUUCGGCUUCGCGCAGCAACACGCUCAAGAAACAGACGAACAGUCAUGCUUGUAACUUGACUGCCCCUCCCGCUCAUUCUGCUGGCAUAACAAAACCGAAAAAGAUCAAAGAUUCGUCCACAGUAUCCUCCGGUGGAUUUUCUUUCUUCAACCGAAAGAGGUAG